UCCUCCCACUCUCCCUUGUUUCUAGAGAGAGAAACGCACUCUUUGUAGAGAGAGAAACAGCUGAAAAUGGCGUCAAGUUCAUCAACAACCAUUUUGUUUUCACUAUUCUGCCUUCUCCUUGCUCGUUUCGUAGCUGUUUUUGCUGCAGAAGAUGGCUUAUUAAUGAAUGGUGACUUUGAAACACCGCCAUCUGGAGGCUUUGCUGAUGGCGGACUCGGUGACGGCCCUGCUGCCAUCCCGAGCUGGAAGUUGAAUGGCACGGUGGAGCUAGUAGCCUCAGGGCAAAAACAAGGCGGGAUGAUCCUCAUCGUACCAGAAGGUAGACAUGCGGUGAGGCUUGGCAACGAUGCUCAGAUAACCCAAGAGGUUAAGUUAGAAAAGGGCGAGAUCUACUCGAUCACGUUUAGUGCUUCUCGCACGUGCGCACAACUAGAGUCGUUGAAUGUCUCUGUUCCACCAGCAUCACAGACCAUUGAUCUACAAACGUUGUACAGUGUCCAAGGGUGGGAUACUUACGCAUGGGCGUUUCAAGCAGACCAAGAAGACGCAAAUGUUGUUUUUACGAAUCCCGGCAUGGAAGAUGACCCCACGUGUGGACCCAUAAUCGAUGACAUAGCCAUUAAAAAGCUUUUCGUGCCAACCAAGCAAAAAGGUAACGCAGUACUGAACGGAGACUUCGAAGAAGGCCCGUGGAUGUUUAGAAACGCGUCUCUAGGAGUCCUCCUCCCAACCAACCUCGACGAAGAAACCUCGUCAUUGCCCGGGUGGAUUGUCGAGUCCAAUCGGGCAGUGCGUUACAUCGACUCCUACCACUUCUCCGUUCCGGGAGGAAAACGUGCCCUUGAGUUGCUUUCAGGUAAAGAAGGCAUAAUCUCGCAAAUGGUUCCAACCACUCCGAACAAACCGUACAGAAUGACCUUCUCGCUGGGCCAUGCUGGGGACUCGUGCAAACAGCCGCUAGCAGUCAUGGCCUUUGCAGGGGACCAAGCCGAAAACAUACACUAUACACCCAACGCCAAUUCCACGUUCCAAACCGCGGACGUGAAUUUCACGGCUAAGGCUGAGAGGACACGUUUAGCAUUCUAUAGUGUGUAUUAUAACACUCGGAGCGAUGAUAUGAGCUCGUUGUGUGGGCCCGUGGUGGAUGAUGUGCAGGUGGUUGUUUCUGAGGGCAUUAGACGUUUAAGGUGGUCGGUUUGGAGUUUGGGAUUUUGGGUUUUGAUUAUGUUGCUUAUGGUUUAAUCGAAAUGGCCAAGUAAGUUGUUAUGGUUCUUUUCCCGAAUUCUAUGUUAUGAUUCGGUAGUCAGAAAGCUUUUGGUAGUUCUACUUAGCACCUUGUUCGCUGAACCAGUUGCGUUUUGUACGUAUGAACAAGAGUCCGAAUGAAUUGUGGAUUAUCAAUAUGAAAAAAAAAAAAAAAAACUAGAAC